AUGUGUCGCAUGGACGCCAUCGUGCUGGGCCUCCUGGCGCUGGUUGCAGGUUGCACUGCGCAGGCCAGCCCCAAGGCCGUCCCAAAAGCUGCACCCAAGGGGGCGUUCACAAUCAAGCAGAGUGGCAGCAACACACUCGAGGUCAAGGCAGUCCAGGACAAGAAAUCCUCUGUUGGUUAUUGCCUGGAGAUCCUCGCCUACCUCUAUGACCUUCCCGACAAGACAGGCGACCUGCCGCCGGGCUACACUGUGCUCUGCCCUACUGAUACGGCCAUCAACAUCUUCCUGUUCCGCCUGGGCUACAAGUCCUUCAUCAAGGAUCCCGUGCAGUACAUCGCCGACAAUCCGACUCUUAGGCCCUUCAUUCAGAGGGUGUUUGCUUACCAUCUGAUUCCCAAUGGUGCCACUGGCCCCACCUUCGGCAUGUAA